AUGCAGCUGUGCUUGUGGUGCAUUUUAACUUCCCUUUGGGAAAAGAUGACUCCUCAGAUUCUCUUCGUCAUUCUGGUUGUGCUUCUUUUGAUUGCUGAUCACGUGAAAAAGAGACGUCCCAAGAAUUUUCCUCCUGGGCCACUACUUUUUCCUUUUGUUGGCACUGUGGUGGACUUUAAGCAGCCCAUCCACCUCGCUCUGCAGAAGCUUACUGGCCAGUAUGGCAACAUUUUCAGUGUGCAGUUUGGAAAUCUGACAUUUGUGGUAGUCAACGGAUACCAACUCGUGAAGGAAGCUCUUGUCCAUCAAGCUGAAGUAUUUGCAGAUCGACCACAUAUACCACUUCUCCAUGAAAUUUUUAAAGGCCUAGGGCUGAUAUCUUCAAAUGGACGUAUCUGGAGGCAACAAAGAAAAUUUGUUUUAUCAGCCCUGAAAAGCAUUGGCGUAAGCUUUGAAGAAAGAAUACAGGAAGAGAGUAGAUAUCUUACUGAAGCAAUAGAGGAAGAGAAAGGGCAACCAUUUGACCCUCAUUAUAAAAUUAAUAGUGCUGUUUCAAAUAUUAUCUGUUCCAUCACUUUUGGGGAGCGCUUUGAAUACCAUGACAGUCAAUUCCAAGAAUUACUGCAUUUGCUGGCUGAGACAUUACUCCUCAUAGGAAAUUUUUGGGGCCAGCUGUAUAAUGCUUUCCCCUGGCUAAUGAGGUGGGUCCCAGGGCCCCAUAAUAAAAUUUUCAAACAUUGGAAGAAACUUAAAUAUUUUGUGAAUGGAGUGAUUGCAAAGCACAAGGAGGACUGGAAUUCAUCUGAAACCCGAGACUUCAUUGACUGUUAUCUGAAGGAAAUAGAAAAGUCUAAGGAUGAUUCCAUCUCUUAUUUCAAUGAGGAAAAUCUACUGUGUUCCACACUGGAUCUAUUUUUAACUGGGACCGAAACAGCUGCCACAACCAUACGCUGGGCUCUGCUCUACAUGGCAGUGUAUCCCAAAAUUCAAGAGAAAGUGCAAAGAGAAAUUGACACAGUGAUUGGCCAGUCCCGGCAACCAAUGAUGGAUGACAAAGAGAAUAUGCCGUAUACCAACGCAGUCCUCAAUGAAGUACAAAGGAUGGGCAAUGUAGUCCCUAUAAAUGUGCCCAGAAUGGCAACCAGUGACACUACACUGGCAGGAUUCCAUUUGCCAAAAGGUACCACUUUGAUCCCCAGUUUGACAUCAAUAAUGUUUGACAAGAAUGUGUGGGAAACUCCUGAUACAUUUAAUCCUGACCAUUUCCUGGAAAAUGGCCAGUUUGAGAAGCAGGAUGCCUUUCUGCCCUUUUCUGCAGGAAAGCGGGUAUGCCCUGGAGAGCAGCUGGCUAGAACAGAGCUAUUCCUCUUCUUCACCACCCUUAUUCAGAAAUUCACAUUCCGAGCGCCAGAGAACAUGGAGUUAAAUUUUGAAUUCACAACAAGCCUCACACGCUGUCCAAAGCCGUUCCAGAUUUGUGCUGUUUCUCGCUGCUGAAGAUCAGGAAGAUUUUGUUGGUUUUGUUUCUCAUUAAACACCUGCUUUUCACGCAGAAAAGCUCCCCUCCCUCCUCAUCCACCCCAUUACUUUAGCUUUCUCUAUUUUCAUUUUUCCCCCAAUUAUUUUGUGCUAGGAGAUUCCUAGCAACCAGAUGUUGGGUUGUGGGACAUCUGUGCCACUGAGGUUGCUCUGAGCAGCAGU